AUGAGGCCUGAGAGUUUUGCGAGGGGGAUACUUGAAUUUCUGGCAAAAGACGACUGGGAUAUUCCGGACUUCGCAUACUUCAAUAAUCAGUUCCUUCUGCACCUUUCGUCGGCCGUUAAAAAUCCUCUUCCUGCCCGAAGACUGUUAUCGCCUGGGAUCAUCUGUCCUGCCGUCCGCGGAGUUGAUAAAUCGCAGCUGAUACCGGUCACCGAUGUUUUUGAUGCAUGGGGACUUGAACAACUGGGGUAUGACACAAGGCCGCAAGUCGCUACCAACUUACAUGAUGCCCCCACUCUAGUCGUGAAUUACACGAGGCAAAUCGCAGAAACGCAGGAGCAGGUUGUCCGAAUUACUGCCACAACCGAAUCAUACUGGCAGCGGUCCGCCUUUGGGUUUGUACGGGAUGCAUUCAUUCUUCCAUUUCGAGCGGCGCCAUGGAGAAAAGCCGCGCAACUAUUCAUCCUGUCAACACCUCUCGAUGCGUGUGUAAACGAUAUGCUACCCGACAUCCUUCCCAAAGCGCUUGCAUUGCACAUUCGCACUUGGCCAUCAGACCUUUCCUUCGGCCAAAAGGACCCAUGUCAUCAGAACGAAGUACCAGUCCUCCGCAACAUAUUCGGAAAAUGUGACUGGACGGGCUCGUAUCUCUAUGACAACGUGAAGCGCGCCCAGUUAAACUCGGAGCAGCCCGUGGUUAUUGCAACAGAUGAUCGCGAAGGCGAGAUUGUCCGCGACCUUGUUAAACGACUGGAUGGGCGAGCGCUCUUCAUGGAGAUGACAGACAAGUGCAAGGAUAUUAUUAAGCAGGCUCAUCCUGAGGCGGAGUUUGAGUGGCGUUUGGCUACAUACUGGCCGAUUAUCGAAGCAACAGCACUCACACGAGCUGAAUCGUUUGUUGGAUCCUUUUGGUCCACUUUCUCGCAGCUCGUCGCUAUUCGGCGGAGUGAGAAACGCACGUUCUUUUUCCAAACGCGCUUGCAGGCGUUGAUAUGGGAUUUGAGAGUCCCGGGUGGGAUGCUCCUCCUUGUUGGGGUGGUGUAUGCGGGGUACUCUUAUUCCCGUCACAUUUUGGUAAACCGGCGGAAGCGUUUGGCAGCAGCGGUGAAGUCUGAAGUCAUGGUUUCACCAUAA